GCAGCUGUUGCUGUGCGUUCGAAGUCAGUCAAGUCGUUGCGUCGACUCUGUUAACAAUGUGACAGUCAAACCAUCAUGCCCUGAGUUUUAUAAUCAGCAUGCGCAGAUCUACCACCACUGACAACGCUAAAGGACUAAACAGCGCGACACUCGCAAAACUUAAUUCAACUUUUGUUGCCAGGAGAGGUUUGUUCGCCACACUCGGGAGGAUUUCACACUCUCUGCCCGGUUUGAAUGACAAAGGCGAUCCCGUGGGAAAAUCACCCGCCUUCAUAAAAUGGAUAAAGAGACGGUACUCCGUCCAGCGAUUUUGAUUAUUGCUCUUGUGUUGGUCUGUGAGGGCCGUGUGGUGAAGGUUCCAGUUGGUCCUCUGGUACAUGUAGAGGGGCAAGCUGUCUCCAUUCGCUGUGAUGUGUCUGACUACCAGGGACCCCGAGAUCAGGAAUUUGAGUGGUCUUUCAUCCUUCCAGAGGAUACACUCUUGAUCAUCUCCACCUUUGACAGUAAUAUCGUGGACAAGUCAGUGAAGGACCGGGUUAACAGUGGUGACAUCAGUUAUAAUAAACUGGGAGAUGCUGCUGCUGAACUCAAAUUCAAGAAGGUCAGAGUGACCGACAGUGGCCUGUAUCGCUGCAGUACCCCGAGCACUGAUUCAGUCAUCAGCGGGAACUACUACGCCGAUGUGGAGCUCAAAGUGAUUGGGGACAGUCUGAAGGUGGCUCCAGUCAUUCCCAAGUCAACGGUGUCUGAGGGAGAAUCAGUGGAACUCCAAUGCAACACGAAAAAGGGCUUCACAGAGCACACCUUCCUCUCUGUUAUCUGGUUGAUCAGGAAAGGGAGCAGCCCGCUGGAGGAAAUCUUGACAUUUGGGCCGGAUAAUAAGAUCAAAGUAGGAGGCAGCUACACUCAACGUUACACAGAUGGUGGACUUCAGUUGGACUUUCGUGGAGAUGGUUUUUAUGGAUUGGUCCUGAAGAAAGCAAAGCCGUCAGACCAAGGGGAGUAUGUGUGUACGGCCCAGGAGUGGGUGAGACAGGGUGAAGAAGGAAGAAACUGGUGUAAGAUUCUGGAGAAGUCUGAGGAAAUGGGAAAGGUUGUUGUUACACCCACCAGCAACAUGUUUAUGAGGUUUUGCUUUAAAAAAUAGCUGGUAUCAUGUGGAACUCCUGAGUGGUAGCUUUCUGUUAUAAUGUGCAAGAUCUUAUGAGAUAUGAUUAUUUUUGAUGACUUUGGACUGUGAAGAAGAUGUGAUGACAUUUCCAGUAAGAUGAUAUAGAGCGCAACAGUGAUGUCCCCUUUUAAUAAUAUAAAUAUAUAUAUAUAUAUAUAUGUGUUCCUGUAGCUCAACUGGUAGAGCACUGCACUAGCAAGCAAUGCAAGGUUGGGGGUUCGAUUUCCCGGGAACACAUGAUAUGUAAAAAUUGAUAGCCUGAAUGCAAUGUAAGUCACUUUGGAUAAAAAGCGUCUGCUAAAUGCAUAAAUUUAAUUAAAUUUAAAAUUUUAAUGUAAUAAGUGACCUUGCCUCUUUUCAACCUUCCAUUUUUAAAUACAUAUGCAAGCUGAAAAAAAAAACUUUAGCAAAAGGCUUAUUACCGUAGUUUGAGACUCUAGGGAUACAUACUCGCAAAAUUUCAUGGGAGUAGGCAAACACAGCUGAAUACUUUUGGCACAAUUUCAACAACAAACCUAACCAAAAGAAACACAAAUCACUCUUAAAAAAAAAAACAGUAAAUAGAUGUUUUAGACUUCUAAAGCAAAAGUUAUAAUACCCCAUGUUUUAACUCAAAACAUUACAUUUACGUGUGGUUUGCCAAUGGCCGUGCUCAGGAACAAUAUGAGGUUCAAGCUUUGCUUUUUUAGCUUUUACAUUUCAUUAAUCCAUUCCAUGUUGAAUAUAAAAAUAUUAAUCCUCAAAUCAAAAGAAAAGGCUGCAAAGCGUGUAAUAGCCAUAGUGGCAGUUAUAAAAAAGGUGAAUUAUUCUGCCUCAAAAGGUUUUGCAGAACUAAGAAUCAGUGAUCAAACUGCACAUGUAGACUCAGUUCUACCUUCAACAUCAAACUUGACAUUAUAAGCUCUCGCUAUUUUAAAUUACUCUUUGCACAUAAAUUACCUAAAAGUUGAUUUUUUUUUUUUUGCUUUAUUUGCUAAUCUCGCGUGCGGUGUAGACACAGAAUUUGUGUGACUGAUAAAACCUCACUCGUUAUUAGCCUGGUACAUUUAAAUGUUUUUAUUUCUCAUUAAAACCAUUCUUUUCAUUCUGGUAUGUGUAUUUUGUGAGCAAUAUGCAUUCGAAAGUCUGUAAAUGUACUUUAGGUUUGCCAUCUGAGCCUGAGGUGAGCAUGGUCGUCAAGGUUACAGAACCCAUUUCUUUAACUCUUUUUAAUUUAUGCUGGGGGAUUUGUAAAAUAAAUCAUUUUCUGUAGACACCAGACACAACAAAAUGCUGCUUUCUAAGGCCUAGUAUUUUAUUAAAAGCAGUCCUGUCUGUCCAAGUUCUUUCAUAUGAUUCUCACUUCAGUAAUUGUUAAUUUUAUCUCAGCUUGACUUGAAGUUGUAAAGAGGCCCUGAGGGAUUACAAAUAUUGGCAAGGAUGCUCAAUGUAUAGCUACAAAAGGACUAAAAGUAUCAUAAAAGUAUAAAUAAAAGCAGUCCAUAAUCCAAA